AUGCGUAUUCCCAUUAAUGCCACUGUUAAUCAGGCCGCUAGCACUUCAGGCUGGUGUGUUGGAGGGCCUCGUUCUCAACAUGAACUAGAUCUCCACAUUCAUCUCACAACUCUGCCUCUCCAAGGGUUAUCUGUUAAUGGUGAUGAAUUCACAUGGGAAGCAAAUGGCAUCUCUGAUGGAUCUUUUUCAGCUUCUCACACUUGGGAGAUUCUCAGGCCUCAGAGUACAAAGAAGCAGUGGGCUGAUCUUAUUUGGUUCAAAGGCGCUGUUCCUAAUCAUGCUUUCAACAUGUGGAUUGCUAAUGCGGAUCGCCUCCCAACCCGCACACGCCUGGCAUCGUGGGGCUUAAACAUCUCGACUUCUUGCCCCCUUUGCUCUUGUUUUCAAGAGACCAGAGACCACCUUCUUAUUAACUGUGAUUACUCGAAGGCGGUUUGGCAGCUGUUGUUUGAACGGCUGGAUCCAGCCCACCGUGGUCUGUUCUCUUGGACUGAGCUUCUUUCAUGGAUCAGAGGACCGCAGACAUCACCUGCUGUCACUCUUCGUCGCAUCUCAGUACAAGCCAUCAUUUUUCAUCUGUGGAAACAGCGUAAUAACGUCAUUCAUAACCAAAUUUCCCUUUCCACAGCUGUAGUCUUCCGUCUUGUUGACCGUGACGUUCGGACUAUCAUCACUGCAAAGCGUCAACGAAAGAAUUUUGCCUCUCUCAUGUCGAGUUGGCUGCGAUAA